AUGAAAAGAGUUUUCAAAGGGCUAAUUCGUUGUUGUACUCGCUUGUCUUCACUGCAGUUCAUGCAUUCUCGAUUGUUAACUGAACGAUAUUUCAACACAUGGCAAUCUUUGUCCCGAAAGAAAAAAAUUAGAACACAUGAAGACUGGGAAAAAGAUAUCAUUCACCCACAAGGUUUUUACGAUUUCGGAAGAAAGGAGACAACGCAUGAUAAAAUAUGGAGGGAGAGGAAUGAGAAGGAUUUACAACAAGCAAUGGUAGAACUGGAUAAAUAUCCUGAAGAAGUUGAAAAAAUUUCAAAAGAAAUAGAAAAACAUUUGAAAAGAAAUUUGGGUCUUAUUGGUGACAGAGAUCUAACAGCGUUACUGUAUUUAACGCUGCCGUUUAUGAAGAGUUUUGUGGAGGAGACUCUUGGUUUGGUUGACCCUUACCCAAUUUUUUACUGUUUGGAAAAAAAGGAAUUUAUAACAAUAAUUGAUAUGGAGGAAGAGGGAAAUGUAAUACUGUUAAAUAGUCACGAAUUCGAACAGCCACAUCUAGAAAAAUUUGAAGUGGAUGACCCUUCCAGGAAAAUGAUAGUAUUCACAACCGCUGCAUCGUGCUCCAAAUGGAUGGAUCGCUUAUUAUCGAACAACAGAAAACACAUAUGUAUUGACAUUAUGUGGAACCACAACGACCCCUUUUACGAACGUGCAAGACUGGUUGUGCUUUACAACGGAUGGCUCAUGUUAAUUCUAAGGGUUCCCAAAACAAAAGGUCCAGACCAAAAACUGUACGAGUUGAUUAUGGACCCCAAAAUAAUGAAGUUUGGGUUUGAUGCACCGGCAAAGGCCGGAAAAUUGUCACAAUGGUUUGAAUCAUGCAACCUGAAAGGUAUACAAGAUGAAAGGAAACACUUUAUCGUUGAUGCAGACGAGUAUAAUUGGAAAAACUUUAGACUACUUACAUUUGGGGUGCCACUACACAGACGAGUGGACUGUUUUUUGAAGGAGCAGCCAGAUUCCUUCUAUCAUUUUGGCAACCUUGACCCUAACACCAAGCAAGGUAGAACUCGUUUGGAGUAUGCUUCACACGGUGUGUUUACAUGUUGGUACUUUGCAGAAUACAUGGAUACAAGUGAAGAAAAUAAGGACAUUCACACUUGGGCAACCUCUCAUCAUCCAGAAGGAAAAACCCCAAUUCUUCUUGAAGAACCUUCAGAUGAAGAGUUUGAAAAAUGUGAAAAGCUUGCAAAAAAGUAUGACCGUGUAAAAUUGUCGCUUGGCCCUCAAUUGUUUUACAAACCUUCUGUAGUGAAUGUCAAAUACAAGGAAACAAAAAGGGAGGACUUUACGAAACUGAUCAUGGAAUGGAUUCAGAGUAAAUUUUAG